AUGCAAUAUCCUCUCUUGGGCUUUUCGCUACCCUCCGCAGUCAACCCGAUUGAAUAUUUGAGCAAAAUCACCAGAGGCACAGUCAAGGCAAAUGCACAUUCCAAAAAUGCAGCGCCUUAUGCGCUUCCCACGGGGGAGGCCUCAGAGUCAGCUGGUCAUCAAGAUCUAGAAGGCAGCUACAAAAGUUCCGCCAGCAACGCAUCAUUUGAAGAGAAAGAUAAAAAAAAACACAAUAAGACUAAGAAGGCAGCAAAACAGAAGGCACACGGGAAUGAGCAGGGCAAAGGCGAAUGCAAAAAACGGGACAACUCAGCGGAAGAAGUGUUAGAUGAAGAAGCGGAUGCGGAAGCUAAUGAGAAUAGUGCAGCAAAGGCACUACAUGAUAUUGAAAAUGCAGUACGCUCUCCAUUCAAGGGUGGAGAUGAUUCAACAUAUUUCGGUGAAUCUUUUGAGGAAGCGGGGGAAGCCGAGCAAAGUUCUAGGGCACAAGUGGAAGACUCGGAUGACGAUGAGACAAAUGAAUCAACGUUCUCCUCAAGUAUCCAGGGGGAAGAUGAAGACGAUGAUGACGUAAAAGACGACAAAACAACUGGAUUUACCAAGUCUGGCAAAAAUAUUAAAUCCCGCGCUCGUCACGAAGAAACUACAAAUGAGCCGGAGGAAGAUGGUGACGACAGCAACAAUAAGGAAGCACUUAGCGUUACCAAAUCUAACAAGAAAAAAGGACGCGGAAAGCAUUCCAAAGGUGGAAAAAAUCAUUCGGAGACAGAAGGAGAUGAACCUGAGGAGGAAAUCAAAUCAAAGCACAAACCAGGACAUAGGAGUCCAGUUGAAGCUACAGAAGAAGAGGCAAAGCAAGCAAAAACCCUGCAGCAGUCUCCCGAGGAGCUUCAGCAGCAAUCCUCUAAUAAUGCUAACCAGCGCCAAACAAUACAAGGCAAGUGUCAGCAGGAGACAAAUCAAUGUGGAGAUAUUCAUGCUGCGAUUGGGUUAGCUCGGGCGCGUUUCGCCGCUUCACGAGCUGCGGAAGCAACCUCCGCCUUAGACGGGGAUGAUGACGAAGACGACGCUGAAAUCUCUGCCCCUUCUAACGAACUAGAGGAACAAGAGGCCCUUCCAGAACGUGCUGGGGCUCACGUUGUUCAAGAAACGCAAAAGUGGCAGGAGACUCUUCCCGAGAGGGAAAAGGGGAGCGCGAAACAAGCACUCGCCGAAGAGCAGGAAGAGCGCAAACUGCUUGCCGCCGAGCAAGACGCCGAAGAAACAAAAAGUGAACUGAAGGCCUGUGCUCAAGGAUCCUUCCUUAGCUGCCGAAAACAUCGGCAAGAACGACACCGUCACUAG